AUGCGAACGAAUGCUUUUAGAGCCUUAUCCAGUGCUCAUAGAAAUUGCCUCGCUCUAGAAAACAUCGCCAUACGUCGGCCAUACUCAACAGCCCAGAGCACAUUCACGUCAACAAAACCAGCUUCAACUUCAACCAGCGAUGCUUCAUCAUUAAACAUUGUACAAGAUUCUGAUGCCGCCUCCAAAUGGAUUCACAAAUCAUCCACAAUCCCACAACUCGAAAUCAUGAAUGCCGGCACAGGAUCAAUCCUAAAAGUCCGGCUAGGCCCUAAAAUGUCUGUCUUCACAUACCCAAACUCGCUGAUUGCCAUGCAGCCAUCAGUCCACAUCAAAAACGAGACUCGGAACGGCAUAUUCGAUGCGAUGGCUUCCAAAAUCGUGGCUGGGUUUCUCGUCGUGUCGAAAUUCACGACGCAGAACGAUGCUGGGGAAGUGCUGGUUGCUCCACGACUGCCAGGUGAUAUAUUCAUUUUGAAUCUGGAUGGGGCUAUUGAUUAUCAUAUGAGGCGGGGUGCGUUCUUGGCUUCGACGGCGCAGGUUAAUCUGUCGUCGAGGGCUACGGUAGAGGGUGUCGGAACCAUCGCCUUCUCAGCCUUCGGAGGCCUGAAUCGCGUGAUACUAGCCUCUGGUGAAUCAUGUAUUGUCAACCCAGACCAUCUCGUCGCAUGGUCUUCAACAUCAUCUCUCAACACACCAAACAUACUCCAAACGUGGUACACAUACAUGCGAAAGCUGCUCGGCAUAGUGAAUCCACAGCUGGAAUUCAUCACCAUACGAGGUCCUGCUGAUUUCUUCUUGUCGAGUCGUGUUGAGGGAGGAAGGAUGAGGAGAGAAAUAGAAAUCGGCAAAGUCCCGCCAGCUGAACCCACGUCGACUCCAACGUCGACUGCUUCUGUGCUCACGAGUAAAGCAGCAGAGCCAGCUAUAGGAUCGACAGCUGGAGAAUCAACUGCAGCAUCAACACCGUCACUAUCUACGCAAAGCAAAGUAGAGCCCAAAAAAUCUACCUAA